CGGAGCACGCUAGCUAUAAUAAACUUAAUCUCAUGAUACCUCGCUCAUACGCAUUAACUGUCAUAGAGACCGGUCGUAUUGUAACCGGUUGUAGUGUUUACUUUGUGAUUACGGAGUUAAAAAUACAAAAUGGCUUGUUGUAAAGGCGGGCCGGGGUACGCAUCCCCGCUUGACGCAUUCCGUAACGGCCCCAGGGAGGAAUUACUUUACGUUGUUUGUGUGCAACCAGACCAGACGAAGCAGGACUAUCUCGCUACUGUCGACGUUGACCCUAAUUCGCCUACGUACAGCCAGGUUAUCCAUCGCACAUACACGGGCAGUGAGGGCGACGAGCUCCAUCACAGUGGCUGGAACGUGUGCUCCAGUUGCUAUGAUAACCCGGAUCUCAAGAGGAACUUCCUCAUUCUACCGUCCCUCCAUUCUUGUAACGUCUUCGUUGUUGAUGUUGGCACCAACCCUCGCAAACCAGAGCUGCAUAAGGUAAUCGACGGUUCCGAAAUGAAGUCAGUUAACUGCAGUUUUCCGCAUACGGCCCACUGUCUGGCGAGCGGUGAAAUUAUGAUUUCCACGAUGGGUGAUAAGAAUGAAAACGGAAAAGGGGACUUUGUGCUCAUCGACGCGAAAACAUUGAAAGUGACAGGGACGUGGACGAAGGGGGAUAAGCUCGCCAAAUUCGGUUACGAUUUUUGGUAUCAACCUUAUCACGAUGUAAUGAUUGCCUCCGAAUGGGGCACUCCGAAGUAUUUCAAAACAGGUUUUCAUCCUGCCGACGUCGCUAACCCUGAAAAAUAUGGUACAUCCCUAAAUGUAUACAAAUGGUCUACCCGAGAGCUACAACAAGUUAUAGAUUUAGGGAGAGAGGGAUGUGCCCCACUCGAAAUCAGAUUCCUUCAUGAUCCUAAAUCCGCAGAAGGAUUUGUUGGGUGCGCCGUCGAGGCCAACGUCUACAGAUUUUUCAAGACUGAUGACGGAAAAUGGACAACAGAGAAAGUGAUUGAUAUACCAGCCAAAACUGCUUUGAAAAAUGGCGUGGAAACUAAACUCAAUGGUCUAAUGUCUGAUAUUCUAUUAUCAUUGGACGAUAAGUAUUUAUAUUUCUCGUGCUGGCUACACGGCGAUGUGAGGCAGUAUGAUGUAUCUAAUCCAAGGAAACCAAAACUGACAGGCCGAGUCCACUUGGGCGGAGAGAUCGCUAACUACGGUCUUAAAUUGAUCGAAGAUAAAGAAUUUAAUGACCAACCGGAACCAGUAAAAGUAAAAGGGAAACAGUUAUUCGGAGGUCCCCAGAUGCUGCAGCUAUCCUUAGAUGGGAAGCGUCUAUACGUGUCCUCGUCUCUUUACUCGCCAUGGGACAAACAAUUUUACCCUCAAAUGGGGCAAAAGGGAGGCUGGAUAGUGAAGUUGGACGUUGACACGGUGAACGGGGGCAUGAAAUUGGAUCCCGACUUCCUGGUAGACUUCGGUAAAGAACCGGACGGCGCGGUACUGCCGCAUGAGAUGAGAUACCCUGGAGGCGACUGCACGUCUGAUAUUUGGUUAGCUGAGGAUUAAAUAAGAAUAUAUAACGACGCUGUGCCAAUAUUUUUAUAUGCUAAGUUGUGUUAUUCAUUGUAAGCAUUAUUAUAAAAUGUAUACUAAAGAAAAAAAGUUAAAAUAUUCUUGUCAUAAUACAAAUUUUUGUACAAAAUUGAUAAAAUAUAAUAUGUGCAUAUAA